AAAGUCCAUUAACGCGUGCUGCCAGAACCAUAAUUGAGACAUAACUGGAAUCAUUCUCAAUGCAAUUCCGUGGUGGGACGUCAUAUUGUCAGCUGCAGUAUUAAACCGAGCCUGAUGAUAUGACCAGAUUUACACCACUACACACUACUACAGAGUAUAUAUCCCAACCAAGGCUGAUAAUACAAAACUGUAUGCGAAAAACAAUCGUUUUGGAUUUGAAUAUGAAUCGACGGCUACAAACACAUGAAUUCAGAAGCGACUAACAUAUAAAUAACUAAUGAAGUCCUGAUGAUAAAUUUUGAACAAACCAAACUGUGUUAUACGAAAUACAAUGUGUGUAUGCCCCUGUAAUGCGAGUUUGUGAACGCCGCAAAAACUGUUACACAAAUCACAAACACGGUCCCGACGCAUUGCAUCAUACGAAAGAUAACUUUAGUAUCUUCGUAUAUGGACAACGCCACGUAUCCUUGGAAACUACCGAGUCAUAACAUAUGACUUUCCAACAGGAGUCACGCAAUCGACCGAACACCUAUGACGUGGUACGGCACUAACUGCUGGCUCACUAGCUGCACCGGACGUAUUAAGAUUGAUUGACAGUUGCAUCAGUUCUGAAGUCGGUGAAAUUUCGGACGAAAUUCAAUUUUAAAUUGUUUACCGUGCAAAACAAUGAAGCACCAACAGGUGGUUCCGGAUUAUUCCGCUAUGGUGCAAACUUCCGGCACCGUACUGUGUUUGGUGUUUUCCGGCUGGGUUCUUUUCAGGCUAGUGCAGGCAGUUUUCUGGUUACCGGGAUAUCUCGAACAAACCCAGGGAAAAUUGUAUGAAAAGAUAGAGAGGAAGCCAGCGUCGGAAAAAUCGAGCAAAAAAGCCAAGGCCAAAGAUUCGGAUGUCGAGGAAGACGAUGGCUUAAUAGAAAACGAAGAAAAGGGAAAUGACGACGCAAAUCAGCGUGAGAAAACAACGAAUGUCGAUUCGGACAAAAAGAAGCAAAACUAGAAUU